CUCUUCUCCUUCUCUCACGCAAACACAUCUGUCUUCUUCCCUUCACACAACUCUAUCAAAUCAUGUAGUCUAUCUCGUUCUGCUUGAAGGCUGGUCUUCAAGCCUUCCAUUCGUUACUUUCUCACGAUCUGCAAGGCUACAAGCCAUCUGGCAGCUAGUGGUCUCGACUGCUGUCGUCUCCGCCUAAACGGAAUCUGUGGCAUCAAUUUUUCAGGUCAAUCUGUGCUUGCAGAUAUAAUUCACGAUGGAUUCUCCAGCAGAUCUGGGAUUCGACUUGAAGCCCGAUCUCCCAGUGCCGAUAUCUUUAGUUGGUGGCCGAUAUCUACUCUUCGACAUCAAAAUCGCGACCUACCUCCGCCGGGAGCAUCAUAUCUGUGGCGUCGCAAUCGGCACUUUACCUCUGAGUCCGUCUCAAAACUUAUUUCUUGGUGUGCCUAUCGAGAUCAUGCCGGAAGAAGCUCAGCUACUUGUUGAACGAGGGGUCGGCGUUAUCGUUGACGACGCUCGAGCUCACGAUCAAGCCGUUCAGUCAAAAGAUCUAGCUCGACGGGCUGAUUAUCUGGCCAAAAUAGACAAGCAGGCUAAGCAAGUCAAGCAUGCCAAGGACCAAGAGAAGGAGGAGUCCCGGAGGCGAGCUUUAAGCAAAAAUGCAAAGCCUUCGCCCUCAUCAUCUGGUCCCAUGCAAGCCGGACGUAAUGCAGAGCAGGGCGAACAUGACGACAGUGAGAGAGCGCUAGAUGCUGAAGAAGCCGCCACGAAAAGUCAGGUGCUUUUUCAAGACGACUCUCCGGUCAAAGUUUUGCCUUCUACUGCCACGUCGAACACCUAUGUUGUCACCCCGGCCACAUCUCGGCGGCUCCUUCCAACACCUCCGGCAAUGCUAGGGUCGACAGUAGAGAAUCUUCCGUCGUCUUACCCUCUUUACAGGCAUCUCCACGACAAAGGCUGCUUCAUGACCCCUGGUCUUCGAUUCGGGUGCCAAUACACUGUUUACCCUGGCGACCCUCUCCGAUUCCAUUCCCACUUCCUCGCUGUGGGCGCCGAGUGGGAUGAAGAGAUGGAUCUCAUGGAUAUUGUAGGCGGUGGUAGACUGGGAACUGGGGUGAAGAAGGGCUUCUUGCUGGGCGGAGCCAGUCCGUCGGGAGAUGUAAGGACGUUUAGCGUUGAGUGGGCAGCGAUGUAACACGGCCUGGGGCAAAACGCCUGUUGACUUCAGACACAUCAUAUCGCGGGCCUGUGGUCUGUAAGUGAUAGAUAUUAGUCGUUGGGGCCAAUUUUGGUUCUUCAUAAGUAGUCCAUGGCCUUCCACUUGAACUUCCGGUUUGCCCUCUCGGCUGGCCGAAACUCGAACUGGUUCCCAUGCAGUUCGAAUACCAGUAGUCUCG